GUUUACCGAUGAAGAAAUGUCCAAAUCAUAAGAAAUUUUGUCUAACAUCAACUAAGACAAGCUAUAAUUGAAAUGGCAAACAACGAAAGUGCAUCAUUCUGCGUCAUUUGCCAAAGCAGGGACCUUAAUAAAUUAGCGGAAGAAUACUGCCCACAAUGUGAAGAGGUUCUUUGUGGAGAUUGUCAACAUCACCAUAAGACAUCGAAGUCGACAAAAUCACAUCAAACCAUCCCUAUAGAGAAUUAUAAAAAAUUACCAUCCUUUAUCAAUCAAAUUACCCAUAAUUGUAAGGAGCAUGAUUGCUUUCUUGAAUUUUAUUGUAAAUCUCAUGAAUCUUUUUGUUGUAAAGUUUGUUUGAUAUCAGGCCACAAGGAAUGCAAGGAAACUAUUUUCAUUGAAGAUUUUCUUAAGCCAUUACCUGGGCACCAGUCAGCAGCUUUAGAUAAUAUUGAAAAAGUUCUGCAAGAUUUGCAAAGUAACAUCUGUUCCGCUAUAAAGGACAGAAAUCGAAAUUUGACUGAAUUACGCGAACAGAAGCGGGUAAUUGAAGAACAAAUUAAAGAAAAGCGUAAAGAAAUCAAUAACCUUUUAGACAAUUUAGAAGAAGAAUUAUUACAAAAGGUAUCUAUACAUGAAAAGACAAACUGUCGGGAAAUAGAAGAAAUAAUUACGAAAUUAGAGGACGAAAAAGAAAAAGUAGACGAAAUUCAAAAAGAGGUUGAAUCCGUCAAAAUGUUUGCUUCUAAUCUGCAAAUCUUCAUGGGAACAAAGACAUUCCAAGAAAGUAUUUCAACCAAUGAAAUCAACGUCCAACAAGUCUAUGACAACGGGAGCUUAAACAACGUCACAAUGAAAUGCACCUUUAGUGAAAAGCUAGAGGGGUUUAUAAAACACAUAAAAACAUUUGGUGAUGUAGAAAUUGAUAAUAGUGAAAAACAUAUUUCUUUUUCAUGGAAAGGUGACAAAUCAGCACAAAAUUCCAAACCGAUGUCUGUGGCAAAAUCGAUUGAAAAUAUAUACGUCCGGUUAGGAAGCAAGAUUGAUAUAAAUCAUGACGGUAUAUCUGGAUGUGCCAUAUCAGAAGCUGGAAACAUGCUAUUUCUACAAGCACAUUGCAACAGAAUGAUGAAGUAUGCGCCUAAUGGUGAAUUCAUUUCAGAAUCACGUAUUAACCCGGAGGCAAACGGCAUUGGGUAUGACCUUGCAGUAAUUAAUUCUAAUACGGUAGCUGUAUCAAGUGGUGGAAACUCCCCUCAACAGAUUUACUUGAUUGAUAUGAAUAGUACAAAAAUAAGUAAAGUUUUUCAACUUGGCGACUGGUGUUGCGGUUUAAGCUACAACAACAAUUCAUUUAUUUGUUGCACGCAUAGGAAUGGCAUAAAAAUAUUUGAAAGGUCGCACGAUAAUUUGACUAAUGUCCGGAUACUGCCUAAUGCACCUGGAAUUGCGGAUUAUACCUAUGUUACCUCUAAUGAAAAUCGUAUUUUUCAUACCAAUUGGCGUGAUGAUUCUGUCGUAUGCUACGAUUUUAGUGGGCAGGUGCAAUGGAAAUAUUGCGAUUCUACGUUACUAAGGAAACCGUACGGCAUCACAUUAGAUUCUAAUUCGAAUAUUUAUGUUGCUUGUUCUAACUCGAACAAUGUAGUCGUGAUAUCUCCAGAUGGAAAACAGGCGAAAGAGCUAAUUGGAGCAAGUGCCGGAAUUACAAGUCCUCGAGCCAUUUUCUUUCAUAAAACCAAACACGUACUUCUUGUUUCAAACUAUAACAGAGCUGCUUUCAUGUAUGACGUUAUAUAA